GUUUCUCACAUCAUCCAGAUCUUUAUUUAACGUCCCAUAACCAUGUGGUGCACAAAAGUGAUGCCGAAUCUGGCCAGAGCCAAUUCGGACAAACUGAUCCACGCAAAGUUUGCGCCAAAGAGAUUUCGGUCUACUGGGGUAUCAAACCGACAGCUCGAGAAAAGCGAGGAGGCACAGACGGAAUGCCAGUUAAUUGAAAAACCCUGCGAGGUGGAUCUGAUCAGCCAGGCGAAAAGAUAUGCGGGCAGUCAGGGUAAAAUAUCCAUCGAUUUCGAGAACACACAGGAGGCUUAUAAGAGCAAAGAUACACUGGAGCUGCUGCGCAGUUUACUGGUUUUUAAACUCUGCACGUUCGACUUCCUUGUGGACAAGAACAAGGAGCUGAUAGAAAUGAGUAGGAAGAUCCUAGGUCAGCACCUUUUCGAAAAGAUGAUGAAGAUGACGUUCUAUGGGCAGUUCGUGGCGGGGGAGGACCAGGACUCCAUUAAACCCCUUAUUGAAAAGAACCAAGCUUUUGGCGUGGGUUCAGUUCUAGACUAUAGUGUUGAGGAAGAUCUAACGCAGGAAGAGGCAGAAAAAAAGGAAAUGGAUUCCUGUGUGUCUGAGGCUGAAAAGGAAAGUCAUGGUAUUGAUCACAGAGAGAAGAAGUAUAAGGCCCAUCGUCAGUUUGGAGAUCGGCGAGGUGGUGUGAUCAGUGCCCGUACUUACUUCUACGCAGACGAGGCCAAGUGCGACCAUCACAUGGAAACCUUCAUCAAAUGCAUUAAAGCAUCUGCUGGCAGUUCUGUAGACGGAUUCUCUGCCAUUAAGAUGACAGCACUGGGUCGGCCUCAGUUCCUGCUGCAGUUCUCAGAGGUCCUGGUAAAAUGGAGGCGUUUUUUUAAUCUGCUUGCCACACAGCAGGGUAUGGGUGGAAUGACGGUGCUGGAACAGAAACUUGAUCUUGAAGAGCUACAGGACACUUUAGCCAAAUUGGGUGUGGCAGCUAAGAAGGACAUUGAGAAGUGGAUCACUGGGGAGAAACUGGGGUCUUCUGGGACUAUUGAUUUGUUGGACUGGAACAGCCUCAUCAAUGACAGAACAAAGAUUUCCAACCUGCUUGUGGUUCCCAACAUGGAGACGGGUCAUUUGGAGCCUCUACUUAGCAGAUUUACUGACGAAGAGGAGCGACAGAUGAAGAGGAUGCUGCAAAGAGUAGACAUACUAGCCAAGCAUGCUGUUGAGAAUGGGGUGAGGUUGAUGGUGGAUGCUGAACAGACAUACUUCCAGCCAGCGAUCAGCAGACUAACACUAGAAAUGCAGAGGAUCUUCAACAUGCACAAACCCAUCAUCUUCAACACCUAUCAGUGUUAUCUUAAGGAGGCUUACGAUAACGUUACCAUGGAUGUGGAGCUGUCACGGCGGGAAGGCUGGUAUUUCGGAGCAAAACUGGUCCGUGGUGCUUACAUGCACCAGGAAAGACAAAGAGCAACUGAGAUCGGAUACGAGGAUCCAAUCAACCCCGACUACGAGUCCACAAACAUGAUGUACCACAGGUGUUUGGAGUUUGUGCUCGAGGAGAUCAACAACAAUAGGAUGGCCAAUGUCAUGGUGGCAUCACACAAUGAGGAUACUGUCAAGUUUACACUGGAAAAGAUGAACGAGAUGGGGCUCUCACCCAGAGAGAAUAAAGUCUAUUUCGGCCAGCUGUUGGGAAUGUGUGACCAGAUCAGCUUCCCUCUAGGUCAGGCUGGAUUUCCUGUGUAUAAAUAUGUGCCUUAUGGCCCGGUGAACGAGGUGAUCCCAUAUCUGUCUCGCCGAGCGCAGGAGAACCGCGGCUUUAUGAAAGGCUCACAGAGAGAACGCACGCUGCUGUGGAAAGAAAUGAAACACCGCCUAUUCAACGGCCAGCUGCUUUACAAGCCCGUCUACUGAGUCUCUGUCUGUCUACUCCUACUAGAGAACAAUGACAUGAUGUUUUUGCAUACACUCUCCUCUGCCUUAAUGCUGUAUCACAAAAAGCACAAGAACCUUAGUCUUUCACAAUUACCGCUCUAUGCAUGUACCAGUAAUGUAUUACUAUAAUAGUAUAACACUGGAUUUCAUUUUUAGCAGUAGAAUCAGAUUUUUAAGGGUAGGUAAAAUUCUGGCUGAGAAUUUACCCCAACAUUAUCACAACCGUGCAACACGCUAUUUAUUGGACUGACUCCGACAGAACAGCCACUGGAAGAAAGAAAUCUGAUGGGUGCAAGUUUUAGAGAGAGUCUAGUCUCUCACUGUGAAGCUGUACUCAAUACGGAGGCUGUCAUCAUUUGCAAUAAGAAAGCAAUAAGUGCCUUUUUGACCUAUCACUGUAUUUUAGGUAUUUUUAAAUUGGUCUGUUUAUUUAUUUCUGUUCAUGUUAAGAAAUGAUUGAUUAGAAUCUAGAGAGGCUAAUUAAAUUAAUAAUGAAUGAACUAAUUCAAAGGUUUUUAGAUGUUAGAUGUUUUGAAUUUUAAUUCAGAUUUAUUCAAAUAAUGGCAGAUAAUUAUAGCAAUUUAUUAGUCUUUCUUUAGUUUUCAAAGCCAGAUGCACAGUGUUGGAGGUUUCAGGGUUUAGAACUAGUUUUGUAAUUAUACAUCGAUCAGCCAUAACAUUAAAACCACCUCCAUGUUUCUACACACAUUGUCCAUUUUAUCAGCUCCGCUUACAAUAUAGAAGCACUUUGUGGUUCUACAGUUACUGACUGUAGUCCAUCUGUUUCUCUGCAUGCUUUGUUAGCCCCCUUUCACCUUGUUCUUCAAUGGUCAGGACCCCUACAGGACCACCACAGAGCAGGUAUUAUUUAGGUAGUGGAUCAUUCUCAGCACUGCAGUGACACUGACAUUGUGGUGGUGUGUUAGUGUGUGUUGUGCUGGUAUGAGUGGGUCAGACACAGCAGUCACCGUCACUGCUGGACUGGGAAUAGUCCACCAACCAAAAAAAUAUCCAGCCAACAGCGCCCCGUGUGCAGCGUCCUGUGACCACUGAUGAAGGUCUAGAAGAUGACCAACUCAAACAGCAGCAAUAGAUGAGCGAUCGUCUCUGACUUUACAUCUACAAGGUGGACCAAAUAGGUAGGAGUGUCAUAGUAAUAGAGUGGACAGUGAGUGGACACAGUAUUUAAAAAUGAACAGUAAGUGUAGAAACAAGGAGGUUUUAAUGUUAAGGCUGAUCGAUGUAUACCAACAGUGUUAAAACAUAGUGUGGUGCUUAGCCAUUCAGCUGGACCACAGCAAAUUCUUAAAAAGUUUUAUGGACUGCAUGCAUGCAGUAGUCUGACAUUGUACAGCUGUAUACAAGUGUAAACGGCUCUUCACUGUACACAGGUUAAGAGCUAUUACUGUUCUUAAGGUUUUCUAUUGUAAAAUAUUAUGGAACAAUAAAAAUGCUGCUUUUUAAUAAAAUCUAUACACAUGGGCAAAGCAGUAACCUAUUAAUAAUUA